AUGCACAUAGAGAAGAAUGUGUUUGAUAAUCUAGUCAACACACUUUUGGAUGAGAAAAGCAAGUCAAAAGAUAAAUUGAAUGCUAGAAAAGAUCUUCGUGAGCUUGGUAUUCGUUCCGAUUUAUGGCCUGAUGACAAUGGGAAGUAUAAAGCAGCGUGCUUUACUCUAACUGUUGUUGGGAAAGACAUUUUUAUGAAUGUCUUAAAGAGUGUAAAGUACCCGGACGGCUAUGCUUCCAACAUCUCUAUGUGUGUUGAUCUUAAUAACGGAAAGCUAUUAGGUUUAAAAAGUCAUGAUUGUCAUGUGCUAGUGAGAGAUUUGGUGCCAAUUGCAAUUCAGAACUUGCUGCAACAAGAGGUGACAUCUGUAGUUGUUGAGUUAUGUCACUUCUUUGGUGACAUUUCUGCAAGGGUCCUUGAUAUCAGUGAUCUUGAUAAACUGCAAGAACGUAUUGUGUUGACUUUAUGUCAGAUGGAGAUGUUAUUCCCUCCAUCAUUUUUCACGGUGAUGGUACAUCUAGUAGUUCAUCUCACAGAGGAAGCAAAACAAGGUGGACCAGUCCCAUUUCGAUGGAUGUAUCCAAUUGAGAGGAUACUUGGACAUUUCAAAUCGUAUGUCCGUAAUUGUGCAAAACCAGAAGGUUCUAUGUGUGCUCAAUAUUUGGCUGAUGAAUGUGUGACGUUCUGCUCAAUGUAUCUUGAUGAUAUUGAGACUCGAUUUAGUCGGGGUAGAUGGGUUGAUGAUCGACCUACAGCUCAUAAUAGUGGAAGACCAAAUUCUGAACUUCAUACUAUUUUUCAGAAUGUUGGUAGAUUUGUUGGAGCAGCUUUAGGUCCAGCAGAAACAGCUAUGAAGUAUGCAGCUUAUAAUGUUAAUGGUUUCAAAUUUCGGAAUACAGAGAGAGAUGAUAAUCUAAAAACACAAAACAGUGGUGUUUAUGUGGCUGCUGAGACGAUGAGUUAUGCAAGCUCUCGUGAUCCAAAUCAUAGGUCCGGUGAUGUACCUUACUAUGGAAGAUUGGUUGAGGUUAUUGAGUUGAACUACUGA